CCGGAUGCUGUGGUGUUUCCUCCGGUGAGCUUUACUCUCAGUCAUCGCUCCCACAGUCGGACCCGGUGGAUCCGGUGGACCCGGUGGACCCGACAGGACGAACGGAUCCGGAGUCAAACCUGAACAAUGUUUGGACGGAGGUGUUUGUUCGCCGCUCUGCUCGCUGUGUCUGUUGGAGUUUACCUGCUGCCGUCUCCCAUAGACCCCAAACCACAUGUACUGAAGGGGCCUCCUCCGGCCCUCGAGGGGCCGCUGGCCGUCAACACCCGACUGCAGAACGGCCGCCGGCUGUUCGCUGGGAAACUACACGGACCAGAAUCCUUCACUGCUGACGAGGACGGUAACGUGUUCACAGGAACCGUGGACGGGAAGCUGUGGAGGAUCGGCCCCGACGACAGCCUCGUCUUCAUCACACAGAUGGGACAGAACUUACCGGAAUGUGGCCGCCGCGCCGACCACGAGCCGCUGUGCGGUCGUCCUCACGGCGUUCGUCUGGAUCGCCGCGGUCAGCUGAUCGUCGCCGACUCUUACUUUGGGCUGCACAGCGUCGACCCCAAAACUGGAGCCAAGACCCUGCUGCUGCCCAACUCCCAGGGUGCUGAUGGCGUUCCCUUCGCCUUCCUGAACGGUCUGGAGAUUUCCUCCCAAACGGGGAUCAUUUAUUUCACAGACUCUUCCAGCCGAUGGGGACGAAGACACGUCAAACUGGAGGUGAUGGAGCUGAACGACCUCGGCCGUCUGCUCGCCUACGAUCCGGAGACGGGAGGCGUGAAGGUUCUGCUGGACUCUCUGUACAUGCCCAACGGCAUCGCACUGUCGCCGGACGAACACUUCCUGCUGCUGGCGGAGACGAGCAUCGGACGCAUACUGAGGUAUUGGCUGAAGGGCCCGAAGGUCGGUACCAAGGAGGUCGUCAUGGACAACAUGAUCGGUUACCCUGACAACAUCCGCCGUAGCGACCACGGCACGUUCCUGGUCGGCAUAACGACGACACGUUUCCGGAAGCUCACGCCUCCUUUCCUGGACCUGAUCGCCCCGUAUCCGGCCGCCAAACGCUUCCUGGCAAAGGUGAUUCCUCUGAGCUGGUACAACCUCCUGCUGCCGCGCUACGCUCUGGUCCUGGAGCUGGGAUCGGAUGGCGAGAUCGUGGGAACGCUGCACGACCCCGAAGGCCGUCUGACGUGGGCCGUCAGCGACGUCUUCCAGCACCGAGGGAGGACCUACCUGGGCAGCACCGAGCUGCCGUUCCUGCCCGUCCUGGAGGGGUGGCCGAGCUGAUGGCCGAGCUGAUGAAGAAAACUUUAAUUUAAUGGGAUAAAAUUAACAAACAUUUAGUUCAAAAAGUGUCCCAAAUAUUUACAUCUACUUUACGUCUAGAUCGGCCUUCUGUGUUUUUUGUCAGUUUCGCCGUAGUUUGGUCGAGUCCGAUGGCACUAAAUCCUAAACACUGGUCCUUCAAACGACCUUUAAAAAGUUUGAUGCAUUUGAGGGCUUUUUAAAAACAGGCAGACUAAUUAAACUAGUUAAGAGUAUUAGGAAAAGAAAUUGAAGUCAUAUUUAGAGAAUAAAGUUGUUUUUAUUUGAAAUUACAACUUCAUGUUUUAUUAGUUUAUAAUCAGCUGAACAUAAGAAUCGUUUGUUUCCUAAGAAUGAGACGUUUUUAUCUACUGAGUCCGCCGUGUUUCUACAUUUUAACAUUUUAGUCAACUUUAUUUUUCGUAACAUUGAAACUUUUUAGUUGAACAAUUUAGAUUUUGUUUUCCCGCCCUCUGUGUGGCUCAGAUACUCCGUCACAGCGAGAUCACAUCAAUCAUCACAACUCUCUGAGAUAUUUAGAGAAUUUAUUUGGACAAAAACACACAAGCCUAAAAUACAUCAUCAUCAUCAUCAUCAUCAUCAUCAUCAUCAUCAUCAUCAAAAAAACUGCUCUGAAAAUAAAACGACGGGUUCCAAAAACAAAAAGACAUCCUGACAGGUUGGAAAGUGCAUCAGUGAACUGGAACGAGGUGAUCGGCUUUGAGAGGGAAACUAAUCACAGCGUGUUUGUUGACUUUAGAGCUCGAUGUUCUCAUGUCGAACGGAGGAAGAACGAGCUGUACGAGCGAACAGAAAACCAACGAUUCACAAUUUACCAGUUUCAUCAGAAAGAAAAUAACUCACGAGCAAAAAUUUAAAAAAAGAUUUGACAGCAGACGUCACGCAGACGUAGCAGAGAGACUUUCUGAAUGUCACCUUGUUUAAUAUUUAAACUCUCUGAAUCAGAUCUUCAGCUGGAUGUUAAUAAUAAUAUUAGAAUAAAUUUAAAAUGAACAAACACUGACUGUAGAAACAUAAAGGCCGGGCCACAAAAAGAAUUAAAGACAUUAUCUAUGUUUAGUUCCCUUAAAGUAUGAAGGAGGUCGCAUUGAAACAUCUAUCAAAUAUAGAUUAUUCCUCUAUUUUAAACAUUAUUACAUCUCUACUGCUCAAAUUAAACUUUUAUUUGGCCUUUUAAAGUUCUCACAUCCAACCAAUAAAACUAAAAACAACUGAUAUAAAACUUGAUUUCUUUUUUUUUGGCAAGAUUUAUCUUCCGUCUUUCUGAAAUGACUUCUUCUCAUUAGGAACCAGUGGCUCAGUCAAAUCCCUCAAACAUGAAAUUAUCAGUCAAAUACUCCAACGUACAAAUUCAUGUUUUUAAAUGAACUCGGUAUGAAAUGUGCAACACGUGACGGAUUAAAAUCCAAAUAGGGAAUCAAUAAGAUGACAAACAAUUUACAAAACAUAAGAAGAAAAGAUGAAAAGUGAUGAUUAAUAUGAGAUCUGUGAAUGAAAAAGGUGCUUUAUCGCUCAGUCGAGACACUGAAUAAUGUGUGAAUGUAACACUUACAAUGUUCCCGAUUCUGUUUUCAGUCAAAAGUUGUUUUAUUAAACUGUUUUCUGAUGAGUCGCA